AUACUCCAUCUGAUAAAAUACUACUUAUGUUUACAGCAUGGAAAGAACUAUACAUGAUUUCGACUAAUGUUUUCUAUUAGACAUUCACAGCAUUUAACAGAAUUAUGAGGCAAUGAAAGUAUCUUUCAAGACACAUGCCUUCCAUAUUGCUAAAACUAUAUACUACCUCAGUUUUGAACUAUAAGACAUUAGAUUCUAGCUUUGUCUUAGUCAAUGCAAGUCUGCACUGCCACUGAAAUGCUGGAUCGAGGCACAUGCAUGUUAAGCCCCUCGCUCCAUGGAUUCUGGCCAAACAAUGGGGCUCUGAUUUUUUUUUAAUAAAUCGCGGCGCUGUGAUAGUAACGGCCAACCUUGUCAUCACAGUUGUAAAAUCGAAAUAGAUCCUGUGGCGUUUCUCUCUAUUUCUCCCGUGCCUUCCUGCUUUGUCGACCUGUUCGUCUCGUCGCGCUGGGCCUGGUCAGGUGAGACAGGGACUCUGCAAACUCCAAUCCAAGGUUGUGCAUGUGUUCUGCCUUUUCCAUGGAUAGUAGGAGUCAGAGGUAAAAUACAAAGCCUACUUAGCGCAAGCUACAAGUAGUAGAAAGGAAAGUAAAAGAAAACUCUGUACAUUACACAAUCCUACAAGAAUCCCAUCAGCCAAAAAUCCAGCACUCGCAAAUCAAAACAAGACUCCUUUCAAGGCUGCAGCAUCUUUUACACACAUCCAUCUUUCGCUGUAGCCACAAGCCAGUCAGCCACUUCCAUCUCUCGCCAUUCCUGCAGCUGGCAGCAAGUCACAAGUGUCCCUACCAACCAACCACCAAGAAUUGAAGACGCGGACGAGGCCCGGUGGACGCCAUUGCCGCCCUCCAUAUCCUCCUCCUCCUUGGCUUCAACUCCACUCUUCCCAUGCUUGCUUUCCAACCCAAGGGAUAACCGCCCGUCCAAGCGCCUCCACGUACGUCCCAACUGCACCGAGCAAGAACAGCAAGUAGUGGAGGACGACGUGAUCCGUCGAUCUGUCCAUCGCCCAUGGGGAAGCUUAGCUUUCCCGGCCAGUUUCUAUAUAUACGCACAAACACAUGCCCCUGGUUUCUUGCAUCACAUCUCUCGCGUUCAUGCGUCUGCGCAUUCGCCUGCUUGAAGCUGCAGGAGCCUCUGCUGCAUGGGCCCUCCGCGGGCGGCCUCGCCGGCCGGCGCCGCUGUCGAUGCCACCGCCGGCGUCAGGGUUAACGUCAGCGAUCGAUAUGUUGAGAUAAAAAAUGGCAUCUUUGAACUGACGCUGUCCAACCCUGACGGGAUCGUGACGGGCGUGCGCUACAAUGGCGUGGAUAACCUCAUGGAAAUCCUUAAUAAGGAAGACAACAGAGGGUACUGGGAUCUUGUUUGGAACCCACCAGGGCAGAAAACUGGCAUCUUUGAUGUGAUCAAAGGUACUGAGUUCCGCAUCAUAUACCAUGAUGAAAACCAGGCUGAGGUCUCCUUCACCAGAAAUUGGGAUCCUUCUCUACAAGGCAAAGUUGUCCCCUUGAACAUUGAUAAGAGGUUCAUCGUUCUCCGGGGUUCUUCAGGAUUCUACACCUAUGGAAUCUAUGAGCAUAAGGAAGGCUGGCCUGAUUUUUGCUUGGGAGAGACGAGGGUGGCUUUCAAGCUCCGGAAAGACAAGUUUCAUUACAUGGCAUUGGCUGAUGAUAGGCAGAGAAUUAUGCCAAUGCCGGACGACCGACUGCCUCCCAGAGGUCAGCCAUUAGCAUACCCUGAGGCUGUGCUCCUUGUGGACCCAAUCAACCCUGAUCUGAGAGGGGAGGUUGACGACAAGUACCAGUACUCCUGCGAGGACCAGUACAACAAUGUCCAUGGAUGGAUGUCAUUCGAUCCUCCCAUUGGCUUCUGGCAGAUCACUCCAAGUGAUGAGUUCAGGACAGGAGGACCCCUGAAGCAGAAUUUGACCUCUCAUGUUGGCCCCACUACGCUAGCUAUGUUUCUUAGCGCACAUUAUGCGGGGGAUGACCUUUCACCCAUAUUUACGAAUGGAGAAUACUGGAAAAGGGUCCAUGGACCCGUAUUCAUGUACCUUAACUCCAGUUGGGACGGGAGUGACCCAACUAUGCUCUGGGAGGAUGCAAAAGUUCAGAUGAUGAUUGAGAAAGAAAGCUGGCCAUAUUAUUUCGCACUUUCAGAGGAUUUUCAGAAGACUGAGCAAAGAGGAUGCGUUUCUGGUAGAUUACUAGUUCGAGACAGGUAUAUAGACGAUGGGGACCUUUAUGCCUCUGGAGCCUAUGUAGGCUUGGCCCUACCAGGAGAAGCUGGAUCCUGGCAAAGAGAGUGCAAGGGAUACCAAUUCUGGUGUAGAGCAGACGUAGAUGGGAGCUUCUACAUAAGGAACAUUGUAACUGGGAACUACAACCUGUAUGCAUGGGUUCCCGGUUUCAUAGGGGACUACAAAUUAGAUGCUACAUUGACCAUAGCUUCAGGGGAUGAUAUUUAUCUGGGUGACCUUGUGUAUCAACCACCAAGAGACGGUCCAACAAUGUGGGAGAUUGGAGUACCUGAUCGAUCUGCUGCUGAGUUCUAUUUUCCAGACCCUAACCCCAAAUAUGUCAAUAGAUUGUACAUCAACCACCCUGACAGGUUCAGGCAAUACGGACUUUGGGAACGAUAUGCAGAACUAUACCCAGAUAGUGAUCUGGUGUACACAAUCGGCCAGAGCGACUAUAGCACCGAUUGGUUCUAUGCUCAAGUUAACAGAAAAGUUGAUGAGAACACUUACCAACCAACUACAUGGCAAAUCAAGUUCAAUCUUGACAGUGUGAGUCCAGGCAGCACCUAUAAGUUCCGAGUAGCGCUUGCGUCUUCGGCACGUGCUGAGUUGCAGGUUUUCUUCAACAAUAAAGACAUGGGUGUUCCUCACUUCGCCACUGGACUGAUCGGCAGGGACAACGCCAUAGCGAGGCACGGGAUCCAUGGGCUAUACUGGCUGUUCAACAUCAAUGUGAAUAGUGCCUGGCUUGUCCAGGGGAUGAACACAAUCUACCUGAAGCAGCCCAGGAACCAGAGCCCGUUUCAGGGGCUGAUGUAUGACUACUUGCGUUUGGAGGGACCAUGUGACUGCUAAUCUGUUGUACAACAACUAGCUGGAUAGUAUCUGUAUAAUUGCGUUGCUAGUUGUUGUGAAAAUACAACUGUAUUCACCAUGGGUGGGUUUAGUUGCCUGGCUAAGGGCUAGCCAGGCUCUCGCAAUGCAGUCUCAGCAUGUUUGGUUGCAUGUACAAGAGAUCUAGACAGACUAGACUAAUGCAGCGGGAGCAUGUUAGCCAGGCUACGCUAGUACGCAAGAAUCGAGCGUACAAGCGGAGCCAGGUGUUGGAAUUGAUCUCUACCAGUUGGCCCAACGGCCAACUAAUCCCUUGACCUCGCGUCCUGAUCGGGGGCCCAGCCCAAGGCGAGGCUGGUGGGCCUCUGUCGCGCAACCCUAUAAAGGAGGUGGGGACUGGGCGGCUCAAGGCACGAGGUUCACCGCCGCCACUGUUUCCUACCUCAAAACCCUAAUCCGAUCAGAGAGGGUGGGCUGCAGCGGUGGGAAGCACCACCAACGCCACUACCACCGCCCUCUACGACUCCAGCGACCGCUGUGUCAGCGGCACUCAUCGACCACGCCACUGAGUCAACCGUCGCCGCCCUAGUGUGGAUCGUCACCAAGGAACAGGAGAUGGCGAGCGGGUCGAGAAGGUCCUCUCCCCUCUAUCCUCUCUGUCUUUACUCCUAGAUCUAGGGCUAUCUUGUACUACGGAAAAGGAAAGGUGAAAAAAUCACAUCCGAUC